AUGUCAAAUUUGAGGGAGUUGUCCUCAGAAAUAUUUAAAAAUAUAGGCAAUGUAAUCAUAGACGCCUAUGAUACGCCGGGCACCGUUUACAUAAAACAGCUUUUUAACCACACCGUCAAUCACGGUCUCAACAACUGUAGACAGUGCUACACGCACAUUUUUAACAUGGAAUAUCCCAGGAUGUUAUCAUCGCAACUAUUUGUAAAGCCGCAACACUCAAUAAAGCUAUAUCGAUUUGCACUAAAUAAGCGCAAACAAGCCAAAAAAAAUAAACAUAAGACCAAAGCACAUCACACUAAUUAUGCCACAGCUGCCAAAAGCUACAGUUAUUUAAAAUGGAAGGCAACUGAUCAGUCGGAAAAGCUACAGCAGUACCUGCUAAACUUUGAAAACAGCCAGUACUUUGGGGAAAUAGAGAUAGGGACGCCACCAAAGAGCUUUGUCGUCGUAUUUGAUACUGGAUCAAGUCAACUAUGGGUUCCGUCCAAACUAUGCGUCAAUGAAAAAUCCAAUGGGUGUAACAGGCAUAGGUUAUUCGACUUUUCGAAAUCCUCAACCUAUCAGCCAAUGAUGAAAGGGGAUGAGAUAUUGAGCGAAUACAUACGUUACGGAACAGGAGAAUGCGUGUUGACACUGGGAUUUGACAACGUGAAAAUAGGAUCGCUAAACGUUAAACACCAAUCAAUUGGACUCUCAGUGCUGGAAAGUGAGCAUCCGUUUGGAGACUUGCCGUUCGACGGACUAGUGGGACUGGGAUUCCCAGACUCGGAGUUGAACGACUCAAAGCAAAUGACUCCAAUAUUUGAUUCAAUAAAAGAUCAGAAAGUUCUAAAAAGAAACCUGAUAGCAUUUUACAUGUCAAAGGACGUGAAGCAGCCUGGCUUACUGUCAUUUGGAAGCAUAGACCCGAAGUACGUCCUACCAGGACAUAAACCAUGGUGGUUUCCAGUAGUCAAAACAGACUACUGGGAAAUUGAAGUGGAUUCGCUAUUUGUCGAUGGAAAAAAGGUGCCAUUUGAUAAGAAGUACCACGCAGCAGUGGAUACGGGAAGCAGCCUAAUCUCAGGACCCUCGGAAAUAGUAAUACCGCUCCUGGAAAAAAUAGACGUAAAGGAAGAUUGCUCAAACAUAAAGGAGCUGCCAAGAAUAUCGUUUGUGUUCACAGACGUGAUGGGAAGGAAAGUUAAGUUUGACCUGGACCCGGAAGACUAUGUGCUCCAGGACGAAGUGGAAAAGGUAUGCGCAAUGGGAAUACUGCCAAUGGACCUUCCGGAGACGAGGAAGCCACUGUUCGUAAUUGGAGCGAACUUCAUAAGAAGGUACCUGGCGAUAUUCGACAGAGACCAGAUGGUAGUGGGACUAGUGCCGGCGUCGCACCCGGAAGAUAACGCAAAGGAGCAGUCAGGAUUAAAAAAUAAAUUCGGAGGAAUAGACGACUAUGUUAAAAGGUUACUAACAGACGUGAUAGAUGGUAUUAAUAAUAACGCAGAUCGACAAGAAACAAUGAAUUACGUGUACGCGGGAGUGAUUAUACUAAUACUGCUGCUAUCGAUAGGAUACUUUGUAAUAAAUACGUAUCCGCCACCAACAGAAUAA